GCAUGCGCUCACACUCCAAGCAUCAUGGCGGCCGACGGCUGAAAAUUUCGGAUCUUGCAAGAUUUUUGCUUUCUUUCGCAAUAACUGGUGCCGUUGGACCGUGCCAACAUGCGGCGAGCGAGGGCAGUCUUCCGGCCGAACGUCAAGUCCGUGGCAGCUGCGUCCAGAGGCAAGGCUCCCUCUGCUAAAGAAACACCCGCCAAAGUCACCAACAAGGAGCCAAAAGCUCCCGACAAGCAGGAGAAAGUGACCGCUCAAGCAGCCGAGCAGGAAGCCAAGCAGCAGCCUGAAACUGCAGUUAAAAAUGUCUCCACACCGCCGCCUCGGAAAACAAACUCAAACUCCUCAGUAAAACCUCCUCAACCACCAGACAAAGCAUCCAGCAAGCUGAAGGAAGAAUCUGCAGGACCGACUGAAAAGAUUCCUGACAAAAAUGUUGAUACGGGUACCACUGACAACAACACUUUGUCAAGCAAUGACAAAAAUGAGACUGCAAACAAUGCUGCAGCAGUGAAAAGUCAAAAAGACAAAAGUCAGAAAGACGUCAAGGCUUCUAGCGAUGACAAAAGCAAGAGCAGUGCUCCAACCGUCAAAACCCAGAAGGAUGCAAAGAUUUCUGACAAAGAUGGGCAGAAGUCAGCCACGGUCGCAGGGCGCAGGAAGCGCGUCAUGGCGGUGCCGAACCUGGGUCGGCGGAGACAGGGUGCGGCGACUACUGGGAAACCUGUUGCCGCGGUAACAGAGAAGGAGUCGACACCCGGUAACGAAGAGAAGAAGGAAGACUCGGGGCAAAAACAGUUCCAGGAGCCGCCGCCCGUACAAAGGGUGUCGGAGCCUUUCAGCAGCAAACCGCCUGCGCGCCACCUUCCCCCGCUGGUGAUCCCCAGGCGGAGGCUGGACUCCACGUCGAGCGUGGACGGUCGGGACGGCUCGGAGCGGCCGCUGACCAUCCCGCAUCGCGAGAGGCGGGUCAGCGGGAUGUACACGCCCAACAUCCAGCCGGAGAGGCGCAGGGAGAAGGAGCAGGAGGAGGAAGAGGGCCCCGCCAAACGCAGACAGCGGCACAACCAGAGCAAACCUCCAGACAAGAACAGGAUGACCAUGGCUGACCUCAUCUACUACAACCCCAAGUUCAACAUGAUGAAAUCAACAGAAGAAAAGGCCAAAAAGCUGAAGGAGAAAAAGAAGCAGGUGAGACAGGAUGUUGAUGUUACCAGUGAGAGGGACCAGGAGGAGGAGAGGGAGGAAGAGAUGCUGGAGGAGGAGGGCAGCCAAGACCCGCCCCCAGCAGAGGAAGACCCAGCUGAUGACAGCCUCCUGGUGCCCCAGGUCAGGGUGGCCGAGGACGGAACCAUCGUUCUUAAUGAACAGACUCUGACUGUCUCCACGCCUGCGAAGAAGGCGGGCUCCGACAGUGACAUCAUCCGCGAGGACGAGUCCAACACGACCUACUCCAGCUUCCGCAAGAAGGUGCCGCAGACGCAGGCCUGGAACAUGAAAGAAACGAUCAAGUUCUACAAAGCGCUGAGCACGGUCGGCACGGACUUCACCCUGAUGGCGGCCAUGCUGCCCAAGAGAACACGGGCACAGCUCAAGGCCAAGUUCAAGAAGGAGGAGAAACAGAACAGGAACCUGGUGGACAGGGCACUUUCCCUGAGACAGGAGUUUGACCAGUCCAUCUUCGACCAGUCAGACUCCGACUCAGAAGAUGAGAAGAAGAGGAGGAGGAAGGACCAGGCCUCCAGGAGGGGGAAGGGGAGACCGAGGGGGGCGGAAAAUGACGAGACAUACGGCCAGUCUGGAGGGAAAAGAAAGGCCCUUGGGGAACGAGAUGGCGAGGCUGUGAGGCCAUCGCCGCUGACAGCAUCUCCCAAGAACGCAGCAGGUUUCCCUGGUUACAGUUCCGCCCGCCCGGAUGUUAGCAGAGAUGAUGAUGAGGCGGGUACCAGGAGAGAACAAACGGAGGAUGCGGAUGAUGAAAACGAAGACGAGGAAACAAAAAUUGUCCGGAUGCUGAAAGGACCGACGCGGGCCGGGCGGCAACCCAAACGCGUUCAAACCUUCAGUAUCAACGUGGAACCGACGAAAAAGCGCCCGCGGCCACCCACCGUGGUGAACCGUGCAUCGCCCAUCGGCAGCCCUCCCCGAUUCUCCCCAGGCCAGGGGGCCGUCGGGAGCUCGCCACGUAAACGUUGGCUCUACAUCCCCGGGGAGACCGGCCCGAGGACGGCAGAAAGGGGCCUCCAGUCGCCCAGAAGGGAGCAGGAAAGCGAACCCGAAAUGGUGGAGACAGUGAUGAUUCAGAGUCCGGUGAGGUUCGAGCCGUCGGAGACACAGCAUCCCAUCAUCCAGGGCACCGCACUGAACGGCAGUGUCGUGGUGGGUGACGUCGAAGAACUGGUUUUCACGGAUGACGAAGGAAACCGGACGGCCACGGACUCCGGCGCCACCCAGUACCAUCUGGUCAUCCCGGUGGUGGACACAAGUUCAGGCGGGGAGCGGACGGUUUCGGUCGUCGUGCCGACCAGUUCUGUUUCACAGAGCGGACAACAGACGGUUUCAGUCGUCGUGCCGACCAGUUCUGUCUCGCACAACACCUCACCAAGCAGACAGCAAACAGUCUCUGUCGUAGUUCCGUCCUCCAAUUCCGCACACAACACCUCCCUGGACGGUAACACCAGCGGAGGUUCAGAGCGCCUGUCGCUAAGCUUCGUAACCGGGGAGCAUCUGACAGCGAGGGACAUCCUAGAACAGAUGCAGAUGGAGGGGAGGAGGGGGGAGGAACAGGAAGAGGAGGAGGAAGUACCGGUUGUCAUCGGGGAGGAGAUGAUCACAGAGAUCGUGACAGAGAUGGCUAAAGAGCAGCCGGAUGCAGACAGUACGGCGGAGAAGCCUGCGGCAGGGUUGGAGGCAGAGAGCUAG